UCUUUUAUAAAUACCCGAAUCGCUUUCUUCCACCAAUUAGGGUUUUAGGUUCUUGUAAUUACUUGGCCUCUCGGAUUCUGCUUUCUGAAGCGAGCGCCUCCAAAGCGAAGGGAAAUGGUGAAGGGACGCCAAGGAGAGCGAGUCAGGCUUUAUGUCAGAGGAACAAUCCUCGGCUACAAGAGGUCCAAGUCAAACCAAUACCCGAACACUUCCCUCAUCCAGGUUGAGGGGGUGAACACCAAGGAGGAGGUUGCAUGGUACGCUGGUAAGCGCAUGGCUUAUAUCUACAAGGCCAAGGUGAAGAAGAAUGGAACUCACUACCGCUGCAUUUGGGGUAAGGUGACAAGACCUCAUGGUAACAGCGGUAUUGUUCGUGCUAAGUUCAAGUCGAAUCUUCCACCGAAAUCCAUGGGGGCUAGAGUUAGGGUUUUCAUGUACCCCAGCAAUAUAUGAGCUCUGAGGUUGUGUAGAUGCCAGAUUGAACAGGUGACUGAGAGUGAUGGCAGUUACUUCUUUUUAUCAGCCAAGUUUAUGUCAUGUUUUGGAGCCAAAUCGUUUUUGUUUAUUAAGGUUGGUGGAUGGAAUAUUGUUUGAAUUUUCUAGUUUCGUAAAGGAGUAAUUGCCACUUAUUUGUUUCUU